AUGGCUGCGGUGGUAGUUAUCGCAGCGCAAGAACAGCGGCGCAGCCAACGAAAGUCCUAUCUCCAAGAACAGGCCAACACAGCUGAGUUCGACGCCGACCAUGACGGUCAUGUUUCGCCCCAGGAGCUCCAGCAGAACAUGGAUCACGUUCAGGUGCGUGUGGAGGUCCUGUUAGAGAGAAUCUCCCUGGAAGAUGGCCUUAUUGACCUGAUGAAGAACCUUCCGCUGUUCUUGCUGUGCCUCUUCUGUUUCUUGGCCGCGAUCGCCAUCCUCUCUCCGCCGCCUCAAACCGCAGCCAUCCACCGGCAUCUCAACAGUCACUUUGGACUCGACCAGGUUGCUGAGGUCCAAGACACAGCAGCCAUCUACGACUUCUUGCAGAAUUUUGAGAACAAGAAUGCAGAACUGCGUGCAACAUCUUUCAACUAUUGGUGCGAGCACCGGUACUUUCAAAGAGAGUGGGACGACCACUACCUGGUUCCAGUCAGCUCUUGCCCCAGUCCGAGAUACACAGCCCUGGAGCUGCAAAGCAGCCCAGUCUGGACGAACUCGACGACCCCUUCGACAGGCGGCCACCACAGGCGCCUUUCCGCCGAGCGGCGACUUGCGGGAGGAGGCACUUCUACUGGGGGCCCCCAGGCCACUCACGCAAAUCCGCCUUGUGAGGACAAUGACACCGCCUACCAGAUCGAAGAAGAUGAUCCGAACAUCACUUGUCACGAUCAUGCCAGCCAUGCUUGUGCCACAGACCUUGGACUGCUGUACUGCCCGAGGACGUGCGGGUACUGCGCGCCCUUCUCCUACGACCGGUACCGCAAGUACACCAAGCCGCAGGUGACGCUUCUGCCUUCGGUGGUGCACCAGACGCGCUACAAGACCAAGGCUUGCGAAGGCUGGGCCGAGAACUUCUUGGUGCAGAACUACAACCCCGUCCUGGUGACCAU